AUGAGGGGUCGAAUUCAAGACGGUAGAAAGAAAAUUCCAUGGCUGCUCACGGUCAAUGCUGAUGUGACUUGCUUAAGUGAUCCACGCUCGUCGUCAGCUCUUCUCUACCGAGAUGAAAGUGGUGGCCCUGCAAGUGAUGUGAUUCUCGCAUCCCCUUCAUAUGGGCUGUCGUCUCGACGCGGUGGACAGCCGAACAACCUUCCAGCUAUUCAGAAUAUACAACAGACCUCUCUGCGCCAUUCAGUCCAUAGCUCGACCCCACCCAUCCAUUAUCCUUCCGGUGUCUACGAUGGAGACGUGGCCACUCAAUGUUCAUACAACACCCAGAGUAAUUAUCGUGCAUCUGCUGGGGAAUACAGUGCUACGGCCAUGGACAUUCUGGCUACUGAUUUUGCACAUAUGGGAACACGCUUCCCAACCAAGGGAUCCAGCGACCUAGACAGCGAUAUUUUGGAGAGUCGUGAUUAUCAGCCAGCAAGUCCUCGCAGGCAUCACCAGCAUAAUCAUUUCCAAGCGUCUGGAUACAGUCCACCAGACUUGACUCUCACGCGCAAUCCUGGAGUGCAUCAAAGUGCCAGUGGUCGCACGAUGUACAGUCCUAUGCCUGGAAUAGGUUCAGAUCGUACGGACCCACACGUCACAUCCGAACAGAGCAGUCCUCCGCUUGGGACUCUGCGAAACCGAAAGGCUUACAGCAUCCGCGGUGAAUCAGGCGGGGUGUAUGGAUCCCCUCUCGAUUGGCGCUACCAAGUGCAGAGAUCUCCUAGCGAGUUCUUUAUCGUGGGAAGGGUCUUCGCAAUCCUCUGGCAUGAAGGCAGAGGACAACAAGGAACCGUAAUCUCGGACUUCCACAACCAAGGCAGAUCCACUCAAAACCAAUUCACCCGAGGCAGAUUUGGAGAGGAGAUCUUCAGCGGUAUCCGGCGCAUGGUGGUUGUUAAAGCGAUGAGUCAAUGCGCCUGGUGUGUACCCAUCACCACUUAUGGCGGAAAAGGAGUAGCCAAACCCGGCGUUGACCCAGCAAAACAUGCCAUUGUAUAUAUGCGGGGAUCUGUGCCGACUUGCAAAGCUGAUGAGCCACGAAUGACCAAAGAACCCUUGGAGAUCGAACCAGCGAGCCCUGACGAGAGACUCGAUGAGAUGUCUCGUCUGAAUUUCGGCAAGGUCUACACCGUCGAACAUAAUGUCAAAGUGCGCCAUGUCGGGAUGAUAUCCUGGACCUCAAUGGUCAAAUUCAGAGGCUAUGCAAGUAAUGAAUUCAGACUCGACAUUUAG